UACAAGUGGUCUUCUUUUAGGUCGUCUUUCCAUCCACGAACGUACUGUGUUCGCCAGCAGAAAACAAUGCUACAAGUAGUAGCAUAUGUUUGCUGCGUCUGUAAACUAGUUAUGUGAAUUAGUUACUGUAGACUCAGUAUACUAUAAACUGUCUGCCAGUGCUUGCGAAAACAUGAAAUAGUUAUGAUUUAAUGAAAGCUAAGUUCAAUUUAAUAAUAGCUAGCUACUGUAGCUGGCUAGCUAAUGCUCGCUAAAUCCAGAUAGCUACUAGCUAAACUAGGCUACCUCGCAUACAGUAGCUUCUAUGUAAGCUGGCUAGCUAACACCAGUAGUUUGUUUGUGGUGUCUAGUUGUUGCCAUGUGGGUUUUUGGAUAUGGUUCUCUAAUAUGGAAAGUUGAUUUUCCUUAUGAGGAGAAACGUGUGGGCUACAUCACAGGUUUCUGUCGCCGGUUCUGGCAGGGCAGCACCGAUCACCGUGGAGUACCUGGAAAGCCUGGACGGGUCGUCACCCUUGUGGAAGAGGCUGAGGGGUGUGUGUGGGGUGUGGCGUACAAACUGCCAACAGGGAGAGAGGAAGAAGUGAAGCGUUACCUCGACUACCGGGAGAAGGGUGGUUACCGGGUCAUCUCUGUGACCUUCCACCCCCGGCCACCCCUCACCCCGCCCCCCGGUGAAGCACUGCUCUACAUUGGCUCCUAUGACAACCCAGACUACCUAGGUCCCGCCCCGCUGGAGCACAUAGCCAAUCAGAUUGUGGAUGCGGUAGGGCCAAGUGGACGGAACACUGAGUACCUGUUCCAAUUGGCUGAGGCUUUGAGGACGAUCCUGCCUGAGGACUCGGACUCACAUCUGUUCUCCUUGGAGACUCUGGUCAGAGAGAGACUACAAGGAGCUCAGUAACACACACACACACACAGACUGGUACAGAGCCUAAAGAGGACAGCCAGUAUGACUUGACUUAAAGGUCCCAUGACAUGCUGUUUUUGGAUGCUUUUAUAUAGGCCUUAGUGGUCCCCCAAUACUGUAUCUGAAGUCUCUUUCCCAAAAUUCAGCCUUGGUGCAUAAUUACAGCCACUACUAGCAGUCCCACAACGAGCUUUCCUCAGGACGUGCUGUUUCUGUGUCUGUUGCUUUAAAUGCUAAUGAGAUGGAGAGAGGCGGCACCAUGCGCUAAUGUUGACAGUGGAUGUAUCGCAAUGGCUCGUAGCCCCAUUGCUGUAAGAUGCCUCGAAUUUGCCCAUUCUCAUCUGAUCACCCUGGUUUGCAGAGGUGCACACUCAGUCAUUUCAAUGAGUGGAAAGGCGGAUAUCGCGCGCGCCUUAAAACCAACAGCAGAACGGUUAUCCAAAUACAAAGAAGUGUACAACACUUGCGUUACAGUGUGUGUACUCACACACAUACUUGAUGCUAUCUACCUUUACAUUAGCGACAGUAACUGAGCUGUUAGCUGCAGAGCUAAUGUUACAGCCACAUUCUGAAGGUGACAUUCUGACAUGAUGAAGGGUAGCAAGCUAGGUAACCAUAUACAGUAAAGCAACAAAAUGCGUUAGUUGACUUACUUAUCCAAGGUUUGUAGCCGGACCAAGGAGAGUUGGUACUGAUGCAGAAUUACAUUUUAGACAGUCAGCAAGGCCAGCUUUGUAUUGGCCCAAGUUGAGGAAACAGUCGUGGCUGAAAUGUUUGGCGCAGACAUACAAAACUUUGGGAAGUUGUGUCGGUGCAUUUCCAGAGAAAAGAAAAUGAAGAAACUGGUUCUUCAGAGGCUCGGAUGGAGGAACAAAAAAAAUACUUUUGUUUACAUCCAAACACUGAGCAACUGUUAUGCUUCGUUCGUUUGCAAGCCAUGAUGUCUCUCUAGGAAAAAACAAUCGCACUCGCAUGGUCGUAGCUCAGAUUCUCAUGGGCGGGCCAGAGAAAGGGGAGGUAACCUUCCUCCUUAUAACGACAUAAGGAGAGGGUUUGAGCUUUCAUUUUCUCAAAGGCGGAGAAGAAUACCCAAGGCUUGGUUUACACCUAUCAAAAUGUCUAGCCACUUGGGGACCAAAGGCAGGUUGGGGGAACUCAUAUUAAUGUUAAAUAACCUCCUAAAGUGAAAUGUUCAUGUCAUGGGACCUUUAACAGAACUAGAACUCUCUGUCUUCAUGGUAACAGGGCAGGGCUGUGUUGUCUGUAUAUUGUACCAAUGCUUAAUUUGUGCCGAAUCCUGCCAGAACAGGAGACCUCUGGUUUUGAAUGUCUGUGUUCCGGUACCUAUUUGCGGCAAUCCGGUACCUCGUGGUAAAUUACGCAUGGCGAUGUGGUCAUUUGCGUGUUGUGCAGAGUCAUUUAACCCUUGGGAUCUUCGGGUCAUUCUGACCCAUCAGUCAUUGUGACCCAAUGACUGAUGAGGUAAAGUUGUCGUAUUGCGACAACUUUACCUAUACCAUACAAAAACAAAGUGAAGCUUUUUCUUUUAACCGUCGAGCUGUCUCAGACCCCCCACAUCGCCAAGGUUAUUAUGUCAAUUCAAACCAGAUUGUGCCCCUCAUCCACACCCAGCUGCAGGGUGGGGGGGGAACUUAACAUGACUGUCAGCUAUGACAACAUGGAGGUACAGUUAUAGUUAUUUUGCUGCUGCUCAACGACAAAAAAAUGAUUUUCAAAGUAGCUAAAUUGGCAACACAACGCGUUCUGGAACCCAUGCCUGCCUCCUCACCCCUCCGCUCUCAUAUGCACUUUGCGUUCUGGCACUUUCCGAUUUACAAAUUAAGCAUAACAAACACCUGUCUCUACUAGCUGCUGGCAGUCUACAGUUAAUCAAGACAUGUAAUAGUAUACUUGUCCUUGAAAUGCAAAAUGUGGUAGCAUCUAGCAUUAUACAAGAUAUUAUGUAAGAAAUGCCGUCCGUGCUGGAGCACCAUGAGUAGCUGGGCAGUGUGGUCCUCACUGUUGGUUUUUAAUGUUUGAUUGGAUGGAAAGACACCAGGCUGCAGUAACCUGAAGUGUGUACUGUGAGUUGGUUAUAAAUCAGAUCAGUAACACUGGGAAGAGCCCUCAGAUCUGGGUGUUAAUCCCUUUUAUGGCUGCUAUAAAUUGAUAAAUUAGGUGGACUGCUGGGUAGCGAUGAGGCACUGUUGACAGUCUAUACCCAUAUAAAGUAUUACCUGUGCAAUUUGAGCUUUUACUAUUGAUUUCUGUGUUAACCGGAGGGCACAUUUAUAGAGCUGGUAUUUAUAUUGCCACAUGCAGGUUUUGUUGAUGCCUUGUCUGCACACUUGGUUCCUCUAAAUAAAAACACACUUAUUCAUUCGA